CCGGGUGAUGUCAUUCUUUGUGGCGGCCGCAGUGGCAAGAUGGCGGCGGAGAGGAAGCUGCUGGAUGCUGAGGCAGCGGGAGCCGGUGGAGAAGAGGACGAGGGGCAGAGUCUGUGGUCUUCAAUCCUCAGUGAUGUGUCAACCAGCUCAAGAUCUAAAUUACCGUCUGGGAAAAACAUCCUGGUUUUUGGGGAGGAUGGCUCAGGAAAGACCACGCUUAUGGCUAAACUACAAGGGGCUGAUCACAACAAGAAAGGACGAGGGCUGGAAUAUUUAUAUCUGAGCAUUCAUGAUGAGGACAGAGAUGAUAACACCCGCUGCAAUGUGUGGAUAUUGGAUGGGGACUUGUACCACAAAGGCCUUCUAAAAUUUGCUGUAUUGAGGGACACGAUCCGAGACACGCUGGUGGUGUUUGUGGCGGACAUGUCUAGGCCCUGGACUAUAAUGGAGUCGUUAUUGAAGUGGGCCAGUGUCUUAAGAGAGCACAUAGACAAACUGAAGAUCCCACCGGAGGAGUUAAGAGACUUGGAGCAAAAGAUCGUGAAAGACUUCCAGGAAUAUUUAGAGCCUGAAGACUCAUCCGGUUCUCCGCAGAGAAGAGUGCCUACAACUUCAGGCCUGGAGGACGAGAAUUUUAUCCUUCCUCUCGGGGACAAUGUUCUAACCCACAACCUUGGCAUUCCUGUGCUUGUUGUUUGCACAAAGUGUGACGCUGUCAGCGUGCUGGAAAAGGAACAUGACUACAGAGACGAACACUUUGACUUCAUCCAGUCUUACAUCCGGAGGUUCUGCCUGCAGUAUGGCUCUGCCUUAAUAUAUACUUCUGUCAAGGAAGAGAAGAACCUGGAUUUAUUGUACAAGUACAUUGUCCAUAAACUGUAUGGAUUUCACUUUAAUAAUCCUGCCUUGGUGGUGGAAAAGGAUGCCGUGUUUAUUCCUGCUGGUUGGGACAAUGAGAAGAAAAUCGGAAUUUUGCAUGAAAAUUUUGCAAGCAUCAAACCAGAAGAUGCCUUCGAAGACUUUAUUGUAAAGCCGCCUGUUAGAAAGCUGGUCCAUGAUAAGGAGGUGGCAGCAGAAGAUGAGCAGGUCUUUCUAAUGAAGCAACAGUCUUACUUGGCAAAGCAGCCAGCCACUCCAACAAGAGCCUCGGAAUCGCCCGCCAGAGCUCCCACUGGUUCCCCUCGGACUCCGGGCCGCACCGGUUCCACCACCGUGCCCAGCUCUUCACCUAUGGCAGCAGUCAAGAAACCAGACCCUAAUAGUAAGAAUGCAGCAGCCAGUGAAGGCGUUUUGGCCAGCUUCUUCAAUAGCCUGCUAAGUAAAAAGACAGGAUCACCAGGAGGAAGCCCAGGAGGACCAAGUCCUGCACAGAAUGCAACAAAGAAGCCAGGACAGAAGCCUGUACUGACCAACGUCCAGGAGGAACUGGACAGAAUGACCCGGCAGCCUGACACUGUGUUACCAAAUUCUGCCCCAACGGAGAAUGAGGCCUGACCUGCUGAUCAAGCAAACAAUUACACUUGUGUAAAUGACCAAAUAAUAACCAUGUAUAACGGACUUAAGGCUGCUCUGACACAGCGGAUACUGUAGGUUUCGUCGUGGAAAGCGGCAGGCCUCCUAGCUUGUCUCAAGUGUUACAUGCCCCUUACGGGAAGCUUGCCUUGAAUUUAUUCCACCUGAUUAACCCCUCAAGUACAGAAAGUGGCUAGCAUCUUUUCAGGUUUCGGCACCCACGAAUACUUAAAACGGGUUUUUGUGAAUCAUGAAAAAGUCACAGGUUAAGUUUAGGAGUUACGGAUGGCACGUCUCUCGUUUACCACCAAACAAGACCUGCUGUCUUUAACGUGCGCCAUGUUGCUGACUCUGCUUUUGGAGGACGAUAGUAAGUUUGAACCUGAGCUGAAAUAAGCAUGUGCUCCAGUUUUUGGAGAGCAAAGGCUCGACUGUAAGUUAGGGACAGAAAGCUGCUUCAUCUUCCCCUUUUG